UGCCCAGAUGGUUGUGAUUUGUGAAGAAGAAUAGAAGGGAGGGGUAACUGAGAUAAUUAUUGGGCCUUGUUUGGGCCUGUGAGCCCAACUUUGCCUUUUCGGCCUAAGGGCUCACAAAUUGCUGGAGAAGACGGCCUUCUCCGCACAGUUCGGCUUCACUUCCCACAUGACCGGCCUCCGCCGCCUCAAAUCGCCGGCACCGGCACCAGCGACCCCGCUGGAGGACGACAACCUACUCUCCGAGAUCCUCCUGCGCCUCCUCCCGCUUCCUUCCUCCCUCCCUCGCGCCUCCCUCGUAUGCAACCGCUGGCUCGGCCUCGUCUCUGACGCUGGUUUCGUACGCCGCUUCCGCUCCCACCACCACCGCAAUCCCCCUCUCCUUGGUCUCAUGUUCGACGAUGCGAGCAGAAUCUCCUUCAUACCCACCCUGGAGAGCCCCAACCGUAUCCCGAGCGGGCGCUUCUCCUUCCAGUUCGACGACGGCGACCAGUGCUGUAUCAUGGGCUGCCGCCAUGGGCUGGUACUUGUCUUCAAUUCGACGCGGCUCCAGGUCCAGGUGUGGGAUCCCGUAACCGGUGACCACCACCGCCUAGCUGUUCCCAGGGAGUUGGGCAACAAAGGGAACAUGCUCAUCAUGAAUGGGGCGGUGCUUCGCGCUGCCGGAUCUGUCCACACUGGUCACAAUUCGAGCCCUUUCAAGGUGGUCUUGGUAGGCCAAUACACACAACAUACAAGAGCGUUCGCUUGUGUUUACUCAUAUGAGACAGCCUCAUGGGGCAAUCUCAUCUCAACAUUUCUUCCAUCCAAGGAUAUUCAUGUGAUUCCAAUGAGCAUUCCUAGUUUAAUUUCAAUGACCACUCCCAGUGUCCUGGUUGGGAAUUCCCUUACGACGUACUCAAUGCUGGGCCUCAACGGCCAUGCGCUGCCACCACCACCUCCACCGCAGUCGGAGCCGGAGCCCGACGCGGACAACAGCUCCAACGACGACAUAGACCCAAGGUUCGUGGUGUGGCGCGAGGCCUACUAUGCUGAUGCGGAAGCUAAGGCGGCGGAGGAGGCAGCACAGUGGGGUGAGCAGCCGCAGGACGAGCAGCGGGAGUUCAUCAACGACGCUAAUCUCGAGCACGCCCUCGAGAUCUCGCGCCAGCGAGCGGCCACGGAGGAGGCGGGACGCCUACUGAUGGAGGCGGAGCGACAAAAGCUCGCCUCCCUGAUCGCUCAUCGCCACUACGACGCGUUCGCCCGCGAGCAAGCGAGGCGCGCCGACAACGAGCAAAGGCGGGUAGCACGGGGACGGCGCCGCCGGCAAGCUCCUGCGACGCCAGCCGCCAUGCUCCACAGCCAGAUGCGCGAAGGAAGGGCCAAGAGGCGGGCACGGAUGCAGGCGGCAAAGGCGAAGAACGACGACGAGGAUGCAGUGCCGGCGCCCCGCAAACGGAGGUGCCAGCGCCCCUGCCAGCGCCUAUUUAAGGGCUACCAGUGGAGAUGCUCUUACUGGAACCUUAUUAAUUUUCGGGGCAUCCAUGAGUUCGACUUGGAUAGAGAGUGCCUUUCUGCAGUACCGAUGCCAGUGGACACAUAUGCCGAUCACAGAGCUUCCUGUUGGGUUAUGCCGGCGGAAGGUGGUGGGCUUGGCCUCUUCUUUUUGUCGGCAUUCAGCGCCCAACUAUGGAAGAGGAAGAUCGGCUCUGACGGUGUUGCUGCAUGGGAACUUGGAAGAACUAUUGAACUUAACAAGCUACUAUCCCUGGAUUCAGAGUCAUCCUUAAGUAUACUGGGGUUUACUGAACACAGUAAUGUGGUGUUCCUAGGGACACCUAUUGGCCUCUUCACGGUCCAGCUUGACUCAUUGCAGUUAAGGAAACUUCUCGAAACACAGUUCUUGUGUGUCCAUCAUCCAUUCGCAAGCGUCUAUACUGCAGAAACAGGCAUUGGUACUCAACGUGAUGGAGAUGAACUUAUCUCUGUACCUCCCAGGAUAACUGAUAAUUAGGUAUCUAGAGUUAUGUCCCAGGUGCCUUGAUGCAUAAAUUUGUUAUCUGAUGUAGGUUCAUCCAUUUUGUACGCGGCAGCCUCAUGUCAUGUGCUCCAACUGGAAAUCGACUCUUUUUUUUUUGAACAUCAACUGGAAAUCGACUCUGUGUUCAGUAGCAUGUACUGGUCAGCUGUAACAUGGCCAUGUAGGAAUUAAUCGUGUAAUCUGGUAACUUCCAUUAGUCCGUUGGCGUGAUGACAGAGUCGGUCGUACCUUGUGGCGCCACACAUUUGAGGAUAACUAUUACUACUGCUCAGUCAGCUUAAGGCUUGAGGCCUCACUGCAUCGUA